GCAGCAACCACGACAUUCCCAGACACAACCAGCAUCAUGGCUUUCCCGAGGCUCAAACCUUCCAGUAUGCUAAGGUACAGUCUAUACGCUCUGUUUCUAGGCCUCACAGCCUCGGUCUGCGCUGAGGCAUUACUCAACAAAGCCCCAGGCAAACUGACCCUGGACGAGAUCGAGGAGAACCUCCAGAAAUGCGCUUUUGUCGAGUCGCUCGCGGAGCACAAAACCCGCACAUCACCCUCUCAGACUUCCUGGACGAGCCAACUAUUUACAAUCCUCUUCCCGUCUUCCUCUCCGGCCAUCAACUCACUUCUGGCGACUGCCUACAUCUCUGGCCCACCCAACUUCCUUCUAGCAUUAUGUCCUCCGAAUAUCGACCCAUCGAGCCUCAGCGUCAUGGUAGCAUUUGCCGUGGGCGGCCUGCUGGGUGACACCCUCUUCCACCUCCUCCCAGAGAUUUUCCUCGGGGAAGACGAGCACGACCGCGUCAAGUUCGUAAUGCUCGAACCGAACCGCAACCUCCUCCUAGGCGUGGGCAUAAUCGUCGGUCUUGUCACGUUCAUGGCCAUGGACAAAGCGUUACGCAUUGCAACAGGAGGGGAUGGCGGACACAGCCAUUCUCACUCCCACGAACACACUGCAAAUGGCACCGCAUCUGCAUCUGCAUCUACCACCAGUGCUCAGAGCAAGUCGAAUGGCGACCUCCGUAAACGCAAAGGCCAAAAGGAAGAAGACAAGUCCACCAAACCACAGUCUGUCGAACCCAUCAACCCCUCCGUCAAACUCGCCGGCCUGCUCAACCUAAUCGCCGACUUCACGCACAACAUCACCGACGGCCUUGCCUUGUCUUCCUCAUUCUACGCCUCCCCGGCUCUCGGCGCAACGACCACCAUGGCCGUCUUCUUCCACGAGAUUCCCCACGAGGUCGGCGACUUCGCACUGCUCAUCCAGUCCGGCUUCUCGAAACGCAAAGCCAUGGGCGCGCAAUUCGUCACCGCAGUCGGUGCUUUUCUAGGCACAUGCAUCGGCAUAUUCGUGCAGGAGUACGGCGGUAACUCUUCUUCCGCUGCCGCCACUGGACUGACUGGCGGCAUCUGGGGCACGAGUCUGCAAUGGGGCGAUAUGCUUCUUCCUUUUACCGCGGGUACGUUCUUGUACGUCGGCACGGUGGCUGUCAUUCCCGAAUUACUAGAGACAGGGCCCAAUAAGAGCGAGGAAUUGAAAAAGACGGCGCUGCAGUUUGGCGCCAUGUUCGUGGGUGCGGCGAUCAUGUUGGGCAUUUCGUGGUCAUGAGAUUGGAUAGAGAAAAGAAAGGCUUGUAUAUUCUUUGACAGGAUUGAAUACAUACCUAGGCGCUGUACAAGUACAGAGGCUAAGGAGCCUAUGCUGUAAUGGGAUUUUCACGUCUUGACGCGUCC